GAAUGAGCUGAUAAUUUCUCCGAGACCUAUUUCAAAUAGCCACAAAGUUGGCAGCUCAAACACAGACGAACGCCGGCUCUGGCCGCCGUCACCUACAGUUCAUCCGGUGCCGCCGCCAAGGAGCACCAGUUCGUAGUGCACCACACCGCCGAAUCAAUUAAUUAAACCGCCACCAUUUUGGCGGCAAGUGAACCGUUCGACAUACAGUGGAGACGAAGUGUGAGUUUGGCUUUUUCUGGGGCUUGUCGGGAAUACAAACGAACCAUAAAAAAGAGAAGUAGGUAGUUUCAAGCCCUUAGGGGCCUCGGAUGACGGCAGUCUUUAGCAAAACGAAGAAACAGAUUGACUAAUCACGAAUCGACUAAUACGCGACUGAAUAAUGGAACAAUUCGAGCAACUACUCACGUGUGCCAUUUGCUUAGAUAGAUAUAGGAACCCAAAGCUUUUGCCAUGUCAACACAGCUUUUGCAUGGAACCAUGCCUUGAAGGAUUAGUAGAUUAUGUCAGAAGACAGGUGAAAUGUCCAGAAUGUCGAGCCGAACACAGGAUACCGUACCAGGGCGUGCAAGGCUUCCCCACGAAUGUCACCCUGCAAAGAUUCCUCGAGUUGCACAUAGAAAUCACCGGGGAACUCCCCGACCCCACCAGCGGGCAAGUGAUGGAACGUUGCAAUGUGUGCUCCGAAAAAGCUUACUGCAGCUUUUGCUCACACUGCGACAAAAAGAUCUGCGAAGAGUGCAAGGGUGCCCACAUGGAAAUCCUUAGAAGAGAAAUCACUAGAAUCAACAAUCAAAUUAGGAGGGGUAUUCACAGAUUACAAGAUACCCUCUCGUUGGUAGAGAAAAACGCCCAAAGUAUACAAACCAAUUGUUUGUCGGUGGGCGAGGAAGUGGAAGAAAUUUACAGGAGGCUCAACAAAGCCUUGAAGGAUCGUACAGAUUAUUUAAGAACGGAAAUCGGUAAAUAUCUAGGCACUGAGCUAAGAAGUUUAACGACACUUAAAGACAACCUAGAACAAGAAAUAUCCAACAUAUUGAGCAACUGCGACUUGGCAGACAAACACAUGCAAGAAGGCUCCGGUGAUAUGUGGGAUGAUUGUGAGCUUAUGGACACCAAAGAAAUAUUCUUAAAGACAGUGGAGUUCAUCAGAAACUUCGAAUAUGAAAACGCAGACUACAGCAGAAAAGUUCGCUUAGUCUUAGCACAUGAUCCCAACCAACUAGUCUUACAUGUGGCUGGAUUCGGUGACUUAAACAUUGCCAGCAGUCACUUGAAUCCAGGUUUGCUAACGCCAAGUCCAGGUCUGAUGAGAUCCAAGAGCGACCACAGAUUGGCCGCACAAUUUAAGCAUAACCAAGAGGGUGGUUAUGACAGAGGUUACGGUGAACAGGAUGAACCUUUGCUUGGUGGCAGGAAAUUUGGGGAGCGCAGAAAGGAGCCUACGACCGACCGAUACGGGGACCGGUAUGGCAGAGGUGGAAACGACUACGGCGAUGAUUACGAUAACGAUUCAAGACCUCCAAGAUCUCGUUACAGCCGUUACAGGCGACGUAAUGCCGGAGACGAUGACUCCGACAACGAACAGCCCGCAAGAACCACUGCGGCCCACAAAAACGAAAGAGAACGAGUAUUUGAUACUGAGGACGCCUCCAGAGGACCCCUCAGUGGUAUCACACGUUUGGCGGACUCGCCACGUGUUAUGAAAAAACUUCAAGACAAUGAGAGUGGAAAAAAAAAGGAGAAGGAAAACCCAACUCCUCCACAACCUGCCCCUCAGCCAAAACAGCCGGCCCCAAAGAGACCCCCGCCACCAGCAACUAGACAAGUGAGCGAGGAAGACGAAAUAGCUAGAAUUAAGAAACAGAAUAAAGCCACCACCUCUACGGAAAGUGCUGAAACUAGACCAGCCGAACGUACUACCACUGAAGAGCGUCACAGCGCUCAAAGGAAAACCCCCGCCCCCGAGGCGGCCUCCAGCACCGAAGAAACCGACGAAUCCGUCGGUUCACUGCAGCAGACCCAGCGCAAAACCGCUGCCAGCAAAACCGCCACCGCCCAAGCGACUCGAAGAGCUUCCGAUUCGGGUCAUAAAAAAUCCGCGAGAUCAGCGAGUUCCGAUUCCAAUACGUCGACGGAAUCGUCGAGCGGUUCGAGCAGUGCCAUCAGAGGCACUGGCGCUCCGUUUACCACGGAAGAAGUUAAGCAAAAAUAUUUGGCUAGGGGGAAUAACGACACGACUGAUACGAGAUCGCGUCUUUCGUCCACGGGAUCUAAUAAAGAAGCUGCUCAUAAGCCUUUCCAGAGUAGAUUCCUGCCAAACAAGACUACUACACCUACGCCUGCGCCUGCUAGUAAGGAUGAGGAGGAGACUGAGUCCAGUUCUGAAGAAGAGACUGACUCUAGUGAAUCGGACGAAGAAACCAAGAAAACGGACAAUAAAGAAAUGGCAAAGUCUGACAUAGGGCCGUUGUUGGCUAGAAGUGCCCAUGCUAGAGAUGGCAGUGUAGAUAACGAUCGUAGAACAAGUAGUAGACCGGACUCUUACAGCACCAGAUCCAAAUAUACGACACAAAAAGAGGAGUCGCCCAAGUAUACAAGGACAAGACCUCCAGUACAAGACGAAGAACCGAGAUACGGUUACACGAGUAGAUUCUUAAACAAAAGCAAGUCCUCAGCGGCCAUCGCAGCCGAUGACGACGAUCAUUCUCUAAGUGAAGACAAAUACCCCACAAGCCGGUCAAGAUACAUGGCGAUGAAAGAACGACGUCAAAGACUCGCGAGAAGUAAAAGCAGUCAGCAAUUCGGCGACGACGACGACAACGACGAACCAGUGUCACCGACCACUUCCAAUCCUUCCGCCUAUCUGGCGUCGCGUGGUUACGGCUCCGCAGGAUCAUCAAGUCACGAUCUUGCACGCAGCCGAUCUACUCACGCCCUGAAAUCCCGCGACAACUCGCCGGACAGGUCGACCGGCACCGAAAAGGACGGCGCCGCCCUGAGUUCAUGGGCACGCUAUUUGAAGAACAAGUAUGGCAAUCGCAGCGGAGCCAAGGAUAAAGACUCGGGCGGUGCGUCGUCGCUGACGCCAUCGUCCAGCAGUUCGGCUACGGCGAGAAGAUUGUCCCUAGGUUUGCCUUUGAGAUCGUCGACGGAGCUUGCCAGUUCAGACGACGAUUCAAAAAACAUGCAAGGCUCCCCCACUACCCCUACAGCAGUUACGGCGGCGGUAGCAGCCGGUAUCGCAGUGGCAGCGGCAGGUACAUCCCCUAAAGGGCAGUACUUGCAGAAAGGCCAACAGCUGUUCGAAAUCGGUAGUCGGGGGAGCGAAGCCGGAUGCUUCACGUGGCCACGCGGCGUCGCCGUAGGCCCGGACAACUCCAUCGUCGUGGCAGACUCCUCGAAUCAUCGUGUCCAAGUGUUCGACUCUAAUGGUCGUUUCCUGAAGGAAUUCGGUCAGUAUGGCAGUGGAGACGGCGAGUUCGAUUGCCUCGCCGGAGUGGCGGUCAAUCGUAUUGGCCAGUACAUCAUUGCUGAUAGAUACAACCAUAGGAUACAGGUGUUCGAUCCUUCAGGCAGAUGGUUACGGUCGUUUGGUAGCCAGGGAACUUCCGAUGGAAGAUUCAAUUAUCCAUGGGGCAUAACCACAGAUGCCUUAGGCUUCAUCUACGUAUGUGAUAAGGAAAACCACAGAGUGCAGGUUUUCCAAUCUGAUGGUACAUUUGUGGGAAAAUUCGGAACCAUGGGCUGCAAAGAAGGACAACUGGAACAUCCCCAUUACAUAGCAGUAUCUAACACCAACAGAGUAGUCGUGUCCGAUUCCAACAACCACAGAAUCCAAAUCUUCGACGUAAACGGCAAAGUGAUAACCACUUUUGGCACGGAAGGCUCAGACGAAGGCCAAUUCAAGUUCCCACGUGGCGUAGCUGUGGAUGACCAGGGCUACAUUUGCGUGGCGGAUUCGGGCAACAACAGGAUACAAAUAUUCCAGCCCGACGGUACAUUUUUGAAAGCCUUCGGAUGCUGGGGACUGGGAAAAGGCGAGUUCAAAGGACUCGAGGGCGUGGCCAUGACACAAAACGGACAUAUCCUGGUGUGUGAUCGGGAGAAUCAUAGGAUUCAAGUGUUUUGAAAUUUUCAUUAAUUUUUAAUCUUGUCUAAUUUUUUUCAAUUCACAGUGUGUUAACUUACAAUCAAUAAAAUAUUUGCAUUUCUUUA